CUGUGCUGUGGGGAUCCUAUUGGGGGCUCUCUGGUCUGCCUGCCUGAGCACAUCUUGAGUCUGCUCUCUCGGUCCUUCUCAUUGUAGGGCUUCUGGAGGCCUGGCCUCGGCAUAUCCCUUAGCUCUGCUUCCUGGCCCAGACUCCCCAGAAAUAACAGCUGUCCUGCAGUGAGGGACAGCUGGGCAGGAUCUGGAGCUGGGAUGCUCCUCUGUGGGGGUCCUGUUGACCCUUUUCUCCUCCUGGUGUGGGUCAGUCUUCCUGCUGGGGCCCCAACUAUGGACAGGCACUGACAACUCUGACACUGCUGUGUCCUCACUGUGCCCCUUAGUGCUGGCAGCCCCUCCCCCAGUCCCUUUGGUUCCUGUAGGGCCAUGUAUGGCCAGUGCUCUCCCUGGUGUCUCCACCUGCAGGGCCAUGCACAGCCACGGGCAACAAGGAGGCCCUAGGUGGGCCUGGGGAGGAGGUCUCUGAGCCAUGUUUCAGCUCAGACCCUGAGCUGACAUCCCAUGGCUGUAGCCUCCCCAGUGGCCAGGCCCCAUCUCUGCUCCUCAUACUGCUUGCUGGUGUGAGGUACCUGCCUUCUAGGCCCAGUCCUCUCUGGUUCAGCCCAGGUGCUGGCUGGAUGGGUGCUGUCACCUUAGCUUUCAGUUGCUUGCCCCCCGCACACCCUUGUGACCUGGGGGGAGCAGAUGCUUUCUGCCUUCCACAGUCUUGUUGCUUUUGCUGCCAAAGUGCUGUGUCCUGCAGCCCCGGCCUGUGUCUCCUUGCCCCUCCUCCUGUAGUCCUGCCCUGCUGCAGGGAGGGAGCCUUCCCUGCAGUGCUCACUGCCCCUCUGCCCAGGCCUUUCUCCCACUGCCCCUACUGUUUGGCCUAUUAAGGCCUGGAGGUUUUAUUGAGGGGAUACUGCCACUUGCUGCUGAUUGGGAGGCCUGUUCCCCUGCUUUCCCAGGACCCAGCAGCCUUGAGCAUGGGGGUGACCCUCAGUGCUUUGUUCUUUCUGACAGACUCUCACCUGCUGGACCUAGAGCUCCUUGGUGCGGUGCUGGCCUGGGUUGUAUGUUGGUUAGUCUGCCUCAGUCCUGCCCAGCUCUCACUCAUGCGCUGUGGGGCUGAUCGAUGGUUCCUGCAGCAUCUAGCACACGUGGCUGCUCCUGGACCCAGAUCCCUCUCACCCCAGGCAAAGGGCAGAACUAGACCCAGCAGGGCCUCAUGCAGCUUCAUGUUUGCCAAGUGGCCAGUAGUCCAAGCCCCAGGGCAAGGCCACCAACCCCUCAGUUCCCAGGGGGGCUGUGUCAGGCAGCAGCUACCGCUGCACAGCAGCCUCCAGAUCUGCCAAGGGGCUGAGGAUAGGCUACACUCAGCUCUUCACAUCGGGGCCUGGGCCUGGCUGAGGGGGAGCUUGGAGAGCAUCAUGCCUGCAGCAAGUCCCUGGGGCCCAGGCUAGACUCCUGGUGCAGUGCUGGGGGUGGCUUCCCACCUCUGCUGGGGUCAGCCAGGUGUCCGCAGGGCUCCUGCGGGGACAGCUCCCCCACUCCAGCGGUGCUGGCAGGGUCCUUGCAGAGCAGACGUGCCCACGGGUGAAGGUGUGGGAGCUGCUGUGGGAUAUGAAGGGAACCUGAUGGCUAGCCAGGACCCCCUGGCCGGACACAGGCUGGGGACGCGGCGGGAACCAGCAGCCUCUAGCUGCACUGGUCCUGGCAAGGGUCCAGCAAGCAGAUCUACCCUCCGUUAUAUGCCCGCCCCCAGUGGAAGCUGGACCCUUUCCCUGAAGGCGCGGAGGAGCCGCCGCGGCGCGAAGCAGUGCGAACGCAACAGGCGCGAGACACUGCAAGAGCGUGCGGCCUGGCGCUUUGUGCCCGCGGGUCUCAGAGCUCGGCCAAGGCGGCCGGAUUGCUGUUUUUAAAAUGAACAUUGCAAAAGCACAAGCGCGUCCCUUCGCCCCUCGCCGGCUUCCGUCCCGGGUGUGCGGGAAGCACGUGCAGGAGCGCAGCCUGAAUGAUCCUUCGCGUUCACGCGCUAGCACCGGGCCCGUCUGCGAUGUCAGAGCCCGGAAAGCCGCUCCCUGCAUCUCCGGGCCCCCGCCAGUGGGAAUCUCCAGCUGGGCAGCCGCCUCCACGGGGCAUGAGCCAGGUGCCGGUGGGGAAGAGACGCUCACAGCUCAUGAGAGGGUUCUCCUCUCCGUGGUCUCCACGAUGCCCCAAGCCUCUGAACACCGGAUCAGCCGCGGCAGGGAGCAACCCGUUGUUACAUCCCAGCCUAAGGCUACCACCAAGCUCCCCAAUGGACACCGGGCCCUGAGCCAGGAGCGCCACAGUUCUGUCUUGGCAGCCCCGUCUGUCACCAAUGGGCUCUCUCCUGUUCCCAAACUUCGCCUCUUGCCCUCCCGGCCCAACCCACUAGACGAUCGGGGAAAGAAGCUGGAGCUUGACAGGGGUCGGGCCUCAAAGCGUGGUGACGCUCUGCGUGGCUCAGCAUCUAGGCGAGGGCCACUGAAGGCGGAUCAUGCAGUCAAGGUGCCCAGCUCUCCACAGCCUGGCACCAUGUCGGGCAGUGCCUCUUUCUCCUUGCCAUCAGGGGCAUCACUGGCAGGGCGGGACUCUGAGCGCAGGAGAAGCAACCUCCUGCGCUCCAAAUCCAUUAGCAUUGGGGACCUGAGCCAGGCAGGGGGGCGUGGGGAGGAGGUGAGCACCGUGCUGAGCCGGCUGGAGCUGAGAGACCACAGCCCAUCCUGCAGCCACAAGCUGGGACUUGGGGUUGUGGCCCUGAAGAGGAGCUCCUCGCUCAGGAGGGUCAACGUGUCCCCAGGACUGGAUGGGAGGCCCAUGGCCACGCUGCUCUCAGUCCGUCCAGAAGGCUGCCUGAGGACUCACACCGCUGACCCCCAGACCUCGGAAUAUGCUCGUCCCCAGGACCACUCCAUGUCUGGGAGCCCGCUCCAGAGCAAAGCCCCAACUGCAGGCAGACCUGAGGAAAAGGUGUUUGCUACUCAUCACACUCUCCUCUUGGGCUCUGGGCACAUCGGACUCCGAAAUCUGGGCAACACGUGCUUCAUGAAUGCUGUGCUCCAGUGCCUGAGCAGCACCAAGCCCCUGCGUGACUACUGCCUGCGCAAGGAGUUCCACCAGGAACAGCCCAGUGCCUCGCGGGCCCAGCAGGAGCUCACCGAAGCAUUUGCAGAUGUCAUCACUGCCCUGUGGCAUCCUGACUCCACUGAGGCUGUGAACCCCGGGCGCUUCAAAGCCAUCUUCCAGAAAUACGUCCCAUCCUUCACAGGCUAUAGCCAGCAGGACGCUCAGGAGUUCCUGAAGUUUUUCAUGGACCGGCUGCAUGUGGAGAUCAAUAGGAAGGGGCGCAGGACCCCCAGCAUCCUCGCAGAUGCCAAACGGACCUCGGUGCUGGAGGACUUGGAUGCCCUGAGCGAUGACGAACGAGCCAACCAGAUGUGGAAGCGCUACCUGGAGAAAGAAGACAGUAAGAUUGUGGACCUCUUUGUUGGCCAGUUGAAAAGCUGCCUCAAGUGCCAGGCCUGUGGCUACCGCUCCACCACCUUUGAAGUCUUCUGUGACCUCUCCCUGCCCAUCCCAAAGAAAGGCUUUGCCGGUGGGAAGGUCUCUCUCCAUGACUGCUUCAGCCUCUUCACCAAAGAGGAGGAACUGGAUUCAGAGAACGCGCCGGUCUGUGACAAGUGCCGGCAGAGGACAAGAAGCACAAAGAAGCUCACCAUCCAGCGCUUCCCCCGCAUCCUGGUGUUGCACCUGAACAGGUUCUCUACUACCCGCUAUUCCAUAAAGAAGUGCUCGGUCUUUGUGGAGUUCCCUCUGCAGCAGCUCAACCUGAAGGAGUUUGCUAGUGAGAAGGCAGGGAGCCCUGUAUACAGCCUGUAUGCGCUGUGCAAUCACUCGGGCAGCGUGCACUAUGGGCACUACACCGCCUUCUGCAGGGACCAGUCUGGCUGGCGGGUGUACAAUGAUUCCCGGGUGACCCCAAUCAGUGAGAACCAGGUACAGUCCAGCGAGGGCUACGUGCUCUUCUAUGAGCUGGACGACCCACACUGGAAGAAACAAUGAAGUGUUGGACCCGAAUCCUCUUACCUCAGAUCCUGGAGUGGGCUCAGCACAGGGUCCCCAUCCUUCCCCUCCUCAGCUUCAUCCACAGCCACCUAGGGCCACUGUCCCAGAGGCUGUGCAGCAGGGGAGGGGGUCCUCAAGUGGCUGUGGAGGUGCCUACAUGCGCCCAGUGGGCCGUGGAGGUGGGGGCAUGCCCAUGUGCUGGACACGGGGAGAGGGCCCCGCACCCUGGCUGCAGGGGUGAGCUGGUGGUGCCCCCAGCAGAGUGGGACUGUGCUGCUGUUUUAAUGAGUGGCUUUGUACAUACGGUGCGUGUGUAAAUAGCCCCUGGGCCGCCAGGCUGCUGCCUUUUGUGAAUAAAUUUACUAAGAAAAUAAGCACUAGGCUGAUCGUGGGAGGGGAAAAGGGGGGACGGUGGGCUGGGAGACUCCACUGGGGCCCGGACCUAAACGUGGAGUGUGAUCUCAGAGCAGGCCUCCUGCCCUGGAAGAAGGAGCUCGAGGGGUCAUGCAGCAGGGCAGGGGUGCACUGGGGGCAUCCAGCCCUCGCAGUCAGGCUUGGGGUGGUGGCUCCUGUUGGCACGACUGCCCCUAUAUCCUGUCAUCAAGCUGAGCUGGUUUUGCCCUGGUUGAAUUGGCGUUCGUGUGGUGCCCCCUUCCCUUGAAGCCGCCUGUCUCAGUGGAGCAGGGCUCCACUUCCCAGGGCCGUGAAGAAUGGGCGGAGGGAGAGGGUUGCCGACCCUCUCAGA